AUGACUUACAAGUUAAACAAAGAACAUAGACCGUUUGCAUCUUUUGUGGGAUUCAACCAUAAUAGGGAAACAGUUAUAUUUGGUGCAGCCUUGUUAUAUGAUGAGACCGCCGAAUCGUUUGUAUGGUUGUUUCAAAAUUUUCUGGAGGCUAUGUCAAGAAAGGCACCAAAAACUUUGUUCACUGAUCAAGAUGCUGCAAUGGCUAAAGCCAUACCCAUCGUUAUGCCUGACACAAGUCACCGAUUGUGUACUUGGCAUUUGAUGCAAAAUGCAUUAAAACAUGUUAAUUGUUUGUUCCAAGAUAAGGGGGUAAAGGGUGUACUAAAUAAAUUCUUCUUUGACAUUGAAGAUGCAAAUCAAUGGAACUUAGAGUGGGCGGAAAUGCUUGAUAAAUAUGAUGCGCAUGAAAACCAUUGGUUGAAAUUGACUUUUGCGGUGAAAGAAAAAUGGGGCUGGCCAUAUGUUAGAUCAACAUGGGCUGCGAGAAUGAGGUACUUUACGAGAAUAGAAGCAGGAUAUGCUUUGUACCAAAGGUUGCCAAAGGUGAAAGCAACAAUAAGAAUGUUAAUUCAAAUGGGUAAUGUCUACACAAAAAAGAUUUUUGAGGAAUUUCAAAAUGAGUACUUUCGAUCCAUUGAAUCGGAAAUAAAAGCAGUUGAAUAUGGCGAGGCUAGUACCAUUUACACAGUUGUUGAUGUUGGUAACAAACAUGCAAGGAAAGUGAAGAUGGAGAGGGAUGGCUCUUUGGGUUGUAAUUGUACAAAGUUUGAAAGGGAAGGAAUCUUGUGUUGUCACUCAUUGAAGGUCAUUAGAGACAUAUUGAAGAUGAAAGAGGUUCCUCCGCAAUACAUUCUAAAGAGGUGGACCAAAUAA